AUGCGGGUGGCUGGGAGCCUGAUUGUUCCUGUUGGGCCAACUUGGGUGGCUGCUGAGUUGGCUGAUGCGGCUGCGGUGGCUGCAGCGGUUGCUGGGAGGAGUGGGAGCCGUGUCAAGAGCGGUACGAGUGGAAGGAGCUGGAAGGGUGGGUGGAGUGGGAAGGUUGGGGCCAAGUCAGCGCGGCGUGAGCUCCCAGACCUGAACGACCCUGCUGAGGAGGCGGUUGGGGAGGGAGCGGCUGGGGAGAGAGCGGUUGCAGACAGGGGACCUAGGAGGAGUGAAGGCAGACACGAUCGUCAACUUGCGGACAGGGGACCUAGGAGAAGCUGGGUUGUGGAAAGAGGGGUUGGGGAGGGAGGGCUAGACCUGAAUGCUCCUGCUUUUGUUGGGGACAGAGUGCAGCGUCAGCUUGACGUCGGUCAGCAACGGUCAACAGGAUUUGGUAGUCUGAUGCCCGACCAAGCGGAACAACCAAGCCCAUUCAGCCAACGUGAUAGCCAGUCUGGUCUGCCUGGUCAACAGCAUGUUGCUGACUCAGCAAGAGAGCAGGCAAAUCCACAAGGACUGCACCUCCAGCAGCGUCUCAGCUUCUCAAGCAGGAAAGGAGCUAUGAUGCCACCACAGCAGCAAGCCGCUGCCGGAACAAGCCUCCUGUCGGAGACUUUUGAAUCGACCCAGGAACCGGUGCAGCAGACGGGAAUGGGGAGGGAUCUGCUGACAGAGAUUCACCUAUGGCAGAAACAGAUGGAGGAGGAGGAGCAGGGUGCGAGCAGCAAAGCCCGAGCGGUGGAAUCCCAAGCCUGGGGAGACGAUUUUCGAGCCCCGGGAGCAGAUUCCCGAGCCUGGGGAGCAGAUUCCCGAGCCUGGGGAGCAGAUUCCCGAGCCUGGGGAGCAGAUUCCCAAGCCUGGGAAAGAGUUUCUCAGGUGUAUUCUCAAGGUGGCAUGGGAAGGAGGUGGAAUCGCCUCGCACCUGUCAGUGGUGAUGAGCUUGCCACUCAGAUUGCAGCUCUUGCUGCUGCCGAUGCCAAUGCUGAUGCCGCAGUAGGGAUCACUUCGGGGAUUGCUGCAGGCAUUGCUGUUGAUGGUUCCAUGGUCAGGAUGCCGAGCGUUGGGAAUUCACUUGACAAGCUCCCAGAGCAACACGAAUACCCACAUACAGGGGAGGUCAGCCCGCUCGCUAAAAAAGUUGCGGAAUUGCUUGGAGACAUACCAUUUUCUGUAAAUCUCCCCGCGUUCUUCGCCGACAUGGGUGCUGCUCACAAGAUCGCGGCUCAUGGGGCGGCUGUCGCCAAGAAGGGCGGCCCGAGUGUCAUUUUCGAGAUCGCCGCUGGCCUUAGCCUCGGUGCCGUAGGCGGAUCGCUAUGGAAGAUGGGUCACAUCAACGAGAAGCUAACGCGUAUGACUCCGGUUACGAUGAGGCCCAUGUGGAACCGACUUACCCAUGCUGAGCUGGCAGACGCACAUUGA